UGAGCGGAGGGACGUUUGAAAUAAAGCAAGUAACGUUUGGGGGAAGCGUUUGCCAGCGGCUACAUUGGAGGUGAUAUUGGCAAGAUUUGUUGUAGUUUGAUUCGUAUGAUCUGCUUUUACCACCUCACAACAUCGAGCUGGCUUUUGAGAGGAUUUGUAUGUUGUCCAUCUCUUGGUAUUAUAUAUAUGUAGACACAAAAAUUGAGCUCUCGUCAACUGGCCGACGUAGCUGCUAGCUAGUGCGGUUGACGUUAAAACUACCUUCUUGAGAGCUUGCCUACUCUUAGUCUGGAUUCUGGAUAAGAUAUUGGCCACUUCGGUUCUUGUGCAAUAACAUAAUUAGAAUAUGGACUCUUUUGCCAGACUCAAGAUGACAAAGGACAUGAAACCCCAAAGGCCAGAAGUGAAGACAAACAUAGAUGGUCCAAAGCGGUUUCCAGUGUCACAGCCAUCUACUACGGCUGUAGUUGCAAAAACUCCACAUCAGCGAGUUCUAGGUGUGUCAAAUGGACCUCAGCGUGUUCAGCGUCCUAUGAGCCACCAGAAACCUGCAUCUCAUGGCCCGGUUGCUGUCAAAUCCACACAACCCUCUGAUCAGAAUGUGAAUCCUACUGCUCAGAAUAGAAGUCGUGCAAUGCAGCCCAAACAGGCGUCUCAGCAAAUCCAACCUAUAGCAAGUGUGCCCAAGGUGAAUCCAGAGCCAGCCAAAGCCCCAUCGGAAACGGUGAAGCUGGAGAAGCCCCAGACCAAACCCAAGAGUGAUUCUGCAAAAGCCUCAUCAAAUAGCCACCGAUGGAGCCUAGAGAACUUUGACAUUGGCCGUCCCUUAGGAAAGGGUAAAUUUGGCAAUGUCUACCUCGCCAGAGAGCGACAAAGUAAGUUCAUAUUGGCCCUGAAGGUGCUCUUCAAGAAACAACUUGAGAAGGCGGGGGUGGAGCACCAGCUGAGGAGGGAAGUGGAAAUCCAGUCUCACCUCAGGCACCCGAAUAUUCUGCGCCUCUACGGUUACUUCCAUGACUCGACUCGUGUAUACCUCAUCCUGGAGUUUGCGCCCAAGGGUGAACUGUACACUGAGCUGCAGCGCUCUGGGUUUUUUCCUGAGGACAAAAGUGCCACAUACAUCAUGGAGCUGGCUGAUGCCCUCAACUAUUGCCACUCCAAGAAGGUCAUCCACAGGGACAUCAAACCAGAGAACCUGCUGCUGGGGGCCAACGGGGAGCUGAAGAUCGCAGAUUUUGGCUGGUCCGUUCACACUCCCUCCUCCAGGAGGUCUACGCUGUGUGGAACACUGGACUACUUGCCCCCUGAGAUGAUUGAAGGGAAAACUCAUGACGAAAAGGUGGACCUGUGGAGUCUGGGCGUCCUUUGCUACGAGUUCCUGGUUGGAAAGCCCCCCUUCGAAACAAAAAGUCACGAAGAGACCUACCGCAAGAUUUCAAGGGUUGAGUAUUCUUACCCUGCACAGUCCGACAUCAGUGCCGGAGCCAAAGACCUGGUAGCCCAGCUGCUGAAACACAACCCCAUGCACAGACUGCCCAUCCAGGGAGUCCUGUCCCACCCCUGGGUGGUGGAGACCUCCACCAAGAAACCCACAACCCUCAGCCAAGAUGAGCCCGGCCUGUGAGCCUCUUUGUGUCCCUCCACCCAAAACCUGAGGUUUGUAUGCGUGGGGCGUAGCGGUGCAGAACACACGCUGAUCAAAGGUGUGCAACAUGAACACCAGCGUGCAGCUGAUUUAUCGGUCUGCCAUAUUGACUUCAUUUAGAGGUCUGUUUCUACAGUCACUUGCAUAUUUUAUCUUCCUUUCCUUGUCUCGCUAAUGGCAUUAUGUUGCCUGUAAAUAUUUCACUGUUUUUUGUGUAAUUAUGAAUAUGUUAUUGAGCGUUCUAAAAUGCCAUUACUUGAAAUAAAAACAACUUAUCUUUUGUUGAAUGUGUCACUUUGGAACUAAGCAUCUGCUUAAGGGAAAAUGAUUUUAUAUUUUGUCUUGCAUGCAUUUCAAGCUCUCAGUUAAUUUUCUUUACCACUGGGAAAACUAGACUUGCACUGAUAUCCAAUGAGAGACAUGCUGUCAACCCCCCAUUCCCCCCAGUUUAAUAGGCAGCCAGCUGAGGGUGCCAGCCUUACGCUAGAGUCUUCUCCGGAGCUCCAUUACAGAUAAUAGUUGGUAUUACUGUCACUGUCAAUUAAUUGGUUUCACACAUUAUUUCUGCUACAAUAAAAUGUUAAAAUAUAAAUAAAGUAUUUAUGCUCUUAUCAU